AUCUUCUUUGUGCUGCCUCAUUCACCUUUUUACCUCUGACAAUAAGGCUUGUAAGUAAUGAGGAUGUCAGGGGAUGGAUUCAAACAGGACUAAAACUGAUGUUUGACGUUCUGCUUUCUUCAAUGAGUCAUGGAGUCAGCAAGCAACACAGGUUUGGGGAACAUCAGACACAAGGUGUGCCAAAAUGAAACCUCCCCAAAAGCAAAUGCUAGUAGGGAGCAAACCGUAGCAGCCAACACACUGAAUGAUAUUCUGGAAGCAUUGCAAGAGGUGAAAAAACACCCCGGGGAAACAGCAGUAGAAAAUGUAAUGGAGAGAAUAAAAAUGGCAAAGAACGGCAAGGAAAAACAAAGUCAUGAUUUAGACAGAGCAAGAUUUAAACGGAAAUUAGAGAGUGAAGAAAAGCCAGCUGUGAAAAAAGAGGCAAGAAUGUUAGAGCUUGAUAAUCAGUUAGCCACAAUGCCUCUGCCUCAUAUUCCUCUGAAAAGUCUAAUGGAUGUGGAAAUAAAGUUGGUCUACAUUGAUGAGGAGGAUAUUACAUAUGAGUUCGUUGAGUCCAUGGCGUCUACCAGCACACAAUCAACGUGUCGAGAUGUUGAAAUAGUAGACUCUCUGAGUGCACCUAAUUUCAGCUUUCUGCCACAGAUUGACAAAUGGCUUCAGGUAGCCUUAAAAGAUGCCAGCACUUGCUAUAGACAAAAGAAGUAUGCAGUAGCAGCAGGGCAGUUCAGAACAGCACUUGAGCUCUGCAGUAAAGGUGCAGCAUUAGGGAAACCCUUCGAUGCAUCCCCCCAAGAUAUUUCAAGUAUUGCCAGUUUUAUUGAAACAAAGCUUGUAACCUGCUACCUAAGGAUGAGGAAGCCUGACCUGGCUCUGAAUCAUUCUCACAGGAGCAUUAUUUUGAACCCAGCCUAUUUCCUGAACCAUCUUCGUCAAGCUGCUGUAUUUAGAUGGUUGGAACGAUAUUCUGAAGCUGCAAGGAGUGCCAUGACUGCUGACUACAUGUACUGGCUGUCAGGAGGCAGUGAACAGCAUAUAAGCAAGCUCAUCAAACUGUAUUGGCAGGCUAUGAUUGAAGAAGCCAUCACCAGGGAGGAAUCUUUUUCAGUUAUGUACACACCAUUUGCAACAAAAGCAAAGGUUGACAAAAUAGACAGGAUGAAGGAAGCUUUUUCUAAAAAGCACCCCGAUUAUGUGGAGUACAUAUACACAGAUCCUCAUGGACUUCACAUCUUACCACAGACAGCAGAUUGGGCUUCUUUGCCUCCCCAACAAUAUUUGUUGACCCUGGGUUUCAAAAACAAAGAUGUUGGGAAAUUCUUGGAAAAGAUAUCAAGUAAAAAGCUGCCAUCCUUUUCAGAACACAGAGCUCCUUUUAGUCCUCUUACAAGAGAAGAAUCCGUAAGACACUUGGAGACCGUAGGGAAAAAGAUCUUGCCAAUAAUGGAUUUUAUCAGAGGCACCAAAUUAACUGAGAGUUUCUCUGCAUGUUCAGGUGUGAUAGAGAAGUUGCAGUAUGCCAGCCUCCUCAGUCGGUUGCAGCGAGUCAAGGAACAGUCUCAAGUGAUUAAUCAAGCGAUGGCUGAGCUAGCAACCAUUCCUUAUCUACAGAACAUCAGUCAGCAGGAUGCUGAAUUGCUGCAGUCGCUAAUGGCAGAUGCCAUGGACACCCUUGAAGGAAGAAGUGAUAAAGAACGUGUGUGGAAUAAAAUUCAGAAGGUUGGAAUAAUUGAAGACUUCUUAUAUCACUUAGAAGACAGCUUCUUAAAGACCAAAAAGCUCAGAACGGCCAGGAGGCAGAAAAUGAAAAUGAAGAGGCUUCAAAGUGUACAGCAGCCCUAGUCUCUGGGGAAAUAUGAUACUAUCCCCUCCUCCUCCCUCAGCCCUCCAAGACAUGUCGAGGACGGCAGCAAGGACAUUAAUACCGUGGAAGUUUUGACAGUUGGGACAACAAAGGCCUGCCUUCAAAUUAAUGAGGUGUCCCCUCACGAUGGCUCAUC